AUGAGUCUAACAAUAGAGCAUUUUAGCCACCCAAAACACUCGCUAGUGCUAAAAGAGUCUGAUGUUAUUGCAGAUGAUGCUAGAUGCUAUGUUUGUAACACCUCUGUUAUAGCCUCUGUUACUUAUACUUGUAGUCGUAGCAGUGGCAAUGCUGAGUGUGAAGGUUUCUAUCUCCACAAGACUUGUGCAGAAUUACCCACUUCAAUUCAUUUCCAUAAGCACAACCAACACCCCCUUGUUCUACUCAAACGCCCUGAUAAUUACUCUUGUGAUGCUUGUGGUCAGGAUGUCAAGUUCUCUUACGCGUGCGAUGAUUGUCGAUUUGAUGCGUGUUUGAUUUGUGCUUUUCAACAAAGAGUGCUUCAUCACCAAGGUCACCCUGAGCACCCACUCACAUUGAUGCCCAGAAAAUUCUCUUUUACGUGUGAUGCUUGUUAUGAAAAAGCUGAAGACUCUUGUUAUGUAUGCAUCACCUGUGACUUGUGCAUCCACAAGGAAUGCGCUCUUUCUCCAUUCACUAUCCCAGCCCCUGCUUUUCACCAUCAUCCUCUCCAUCUUAUCUACUCUGUUCCUACAAUGCAUCGUUAUUUUGACAGCAACUGCAACAUCUGUCGGAAACGAGUUCAUAGAAGAUUCUGGAUGUAUUAUUGUCAUAAAUGCACAUUUUUUGUGCAUAUGAGAUGUGCGACAUCCUCACCCACAUCGUCUUCUCUAAAUGAGAUUGAAGAAGAGGGCAGUCUUAAUGAUGAACCUGAUUUGAUAGAGCUUCCACUGCAGAGUGAGGAAUCGCUAUUUGAUCUCAUAAUAUCCCAGUGCUGCAAGCUCCAAUUCCAGUAUCAAGGUAAAAACAAAAACAGUACUGCUAUAUCAACAGCUCCUGAUCCUCCCAUAAUUAAUGAACACUGGAGUCAUAAGGAGCAUCCAAUAGUGCGGUUCUAA